CCGUAUCCAAUCUGAAUUUGUGUUUUAGGUUAUUUUGAGUUCCAUGUCGUUUAAAUUGUUAUUAAAUAUUAAAUAGAUAAGAAUAAAAUAAUAAGAAAUGUCCGAAACUGUCGAAAUAUUAUCCUCGGAUGACGAGGAAUGUGUAAUGUCUAACUCGCUAAAACGAAAAAUAGAAGGGAUUGAAAAAGAGGAGUCGGAAAAUAGCGAUGUUAAUAAUGCAUCGAAGCAUCCAAAAUUAGAAGAAAAUAUUAAUUCCUUAGACGAAGAAAAGGAAAACAUAGCACAAACUAAUAAAGUAGCUGAAAAUGGAGAAAUACCAUCCCGUCAUACUCAUUUAGAAGAAAUUUUAAGGUUAUUCUCGUCCUCGGAAAAACUAGUGGAACUUUUACAAAUGUUGUACAAAAAAUUUACAUCAUCGAAAAUUCAAAACACAUUCAUGGAUAAAAUAAGAUUGUUAAAACCUCAUUUUGAUAAUGUCACCAAUUACAUUAAUUCCGAAAAGUUUACAAAUUUGAUUCAAUCAAAAAUUGAAACAUCUAGAAAUGCUAUUACAAGCCUUGCAUUACAACAGUUUGUCGAUGUAUUUAAGGAAAUUGAAAUUGCAAGUAAACGGGCUACUACAAAUACGAGCAGUUUUAAUGAGAAAGCAAUCGCAAAGCUGGAAUGUUUCCUUGAUAAACUUAACGCAAAAAUUCAUAAAUUAGAAAAUGCUGAAGUUAAUUUUGAUGAUGAAGAAAAUUCAACGUAUAUACAACUAGAACGAUAUAAAAGAAGGGCGUUUGAAGUAUAUAAAAAAUUAUGUUCUUAUUAUAAACAAAGUGUCUAUAUAGGAGAUUUAAGUAGAACUAGACUUGAUUUUUGUGCCUCACAAACAAAUGAAAUUAACAUAGCUAUUAACAAAGUCUUUAGAGAUGGAACAACAUUUCCGGAUUAUUCUCAAAUAGAAGAAAUAAUUCGAGAAUGUGUUGAUGAGAAAAAACUAAAUUAUACAGAAAAUCGUAUUAAGAAUGAAGCGGAAUUUUGUUUUCGAAAAUUAGGAAAUCUGCUUCAACGACGUCGACAAUUAGAAUUAUACAAUAUGCAUACUUAUUAUUUAGGUAGUAAUAGUGAACCAUCGGAGGAUGAGGAGUUACUCGAAAAAUUAAAUCAGCAUAAAAACGACGCCAAAGAAAAGAUGUCGAAAAUUUGCGAGAAAUUUGUUAAGUUACAGAAUGAGGGAAAAGAAUUGACAAUUUCUGAUGAUUCGGAUGAUAGUGAAUAUGAAUAUUCAGAUGAUGAUUAAUUUGAGAAUAGAUCUAAUCUUGAAAAUUAAAUUUUUCCAUAUAAUUAAUAUGUUUAUA